CGGCAGAAGAAGCUGCCGCAGCUCUUCGAGAGGGCCUCUUCCAAGUGGUGGAAUCCCAAGUUUGACUCCAACAACCUGGAGGAGGCUUGCAUGGAGAGAUGCUUCCCGCAGACCCAGCGCAGGUUUCGCUAUGCCCUCUUCUACAUUGGCGUGGCCUGCCUUCUCUGGGGCAUCUACUUUGGCAUACACAUGAGAGAGAAACAGAUUGUGUUCAUGGUGCCAGCUCUGUGCUUCCUCUUGGUAUGUGUAGCGUUUUUUGUGUUCACUUUCACUAAGACUUACGCCCGGCAUUACGUAUGGACUUCGCUGAUACUCACCCUCCUGGUUUUUGCUUUGACUCUCGCUCCGCAGUUCCAGGCUCUGAAGCCUAUCUCAGGAAGCGGUGACAUGUCCAAUCAGACUCACCCGGCAGAUCCCACAGACACUUGUCUUUCUCAAGUAGGCAGUUUUUCUAUGUGUAUUGAAGUGCUCUUGUUGCUUUACACGGUGAUGCACUUACCCUUGUAUUUAAGCUUGUUUCUGGGACUGUCGUACUCGGUCCUCUUCGAGACCUUUGGUUACCGCUUCCGCGAUGAGAACUGUUUUACACCUCUCGGAGCCGGUGUAGUUUACUGGGAGCUGUUGAGCAAAGCCUUCCUGCACAUAUGCAUCCAUGCCAUCGGUAUUCAUUUAUUUAUCAUGUCCGAGGUCAGAUCAAGAAGCACAUUCCUGAAAGUGGGGCAAUCCAUCAUGCAUGGAAAAGACUUAGAAGUGGAAAAAGCCCUGAAAGAGCGGAUGAUUCAUUCUGUUAUGCCAAGAAUAAUAGCCGAUGACUUAAUGAAGCAGGGGGACGACGAAAGUGAAAACUCCAUCAAACGUCAUUCCACUUCAAGCCCCAAAAACAGGAAGAAGAAGCCCUCCAUACAGAAAACCCCCAUAAUAUUCCGUCCUUUUAAAAUGCAACAGAUAGAGCAAGUGAGCAUUUUGUUCGCAGAUAUUGUUGGCUUCACGAAAAUGAGUGCCAAUAAAUCUGCCCAUGCUCUGGUGGGACUCCUGAACGACCUUUUUGGACGUUUCGAUCGUCUGUGUGAGGACACUAAAUGCGAGAAAAUAAGCACUUUGGGAGACUGUUACUACUGCGUAGCUGGCUGCCCAGAGCCCCGGGCAGAUCACGCUUACUGCUGCAUCGAGAUGGGCUUAGGUAUGAUUAAAGCCAUUGAGCAGUUUUGCCAAGAGAAAAAAGAAAUGGUGAACAUGAGAGUCGGUGUUCAUACCGGGACGGUCCUGUGUGGCAUUUUGGGAAUGAGGAGAUUCAAGUUUGACGUGUGGUCCAACGAUGUCAAUUUGGCCAAUCUGAUGGAGCAGCUGGGGGUAGCUGGCAAAGUCCAUAUUUCAGAAGCUACUGCGAAAUAUUUGGAUGAUCGUUAUGAAAUGGAGGAUGGAAAGGUGAUCGAGCGAGUCGGUCAGAGCGUGGUAGCUGACCAGUUAAAAGGUUUGAAGACCUAUCUGAUCUCUGGUCAGAAGGUGAAGGAGCCCCACUGCAGCUGUUCCCAAGCAUUGCUUCCUGGCUUGGAGUCCGGAGAUGGAGCCAGGAUCCAGGGAGCAUCAUCGACUGAGAACGCCAGUGACUUGACAAAAACUCUCAAACAUGCAGAAAAGCCGAAGCCUUGCCCUUCAUGUAGUACCACCCUUGCUCCCCACUGUGAUGUCAGCAUAGACGAAGGAGCUAUCCAAAAUGGUUGUCAGGAUGAGCAUAAAAACAGUACGAAGGCUCCAGGAGGGCACAGUCCAAAGACUCAAAACGGCCUUUUGAGUCCUCCACAGGAAGAAAAGCUCAGCAAUAGUCAAACCUCACUUUAUGAAAUGUUGCAAGAGAAAGGAAGAUGGGGCGGAGUGAGUCUGGAUCAAUCGGCUCUCCUUCCUUUGAGGUUCAAAAACAUCAGAGAAAAGACAGACGCUCACUUUGUGGAUGUGAUUAAAGAAGACAGCCUCAUGAAAGACUACUUCUUUAAACCGCCUAUUAACAAGCUGAGCCUGAACUUCUUGGAUCAGGAUUUGGAGAUGGCCUACAGGACGAGCUAUCAGGAAGAGGUUAUAAGGAAUGCUCCGGUGAAGACAUUUGCCAGCGCUACCUUCAGCUCGCUCCUGGAUGUGUUCCUCUCCACCACAGUCUUCCUCAUCCUGUCUAUCACGUGUUUCCUGAAACACGGGAUGGUCGCAUCCCCUCCACCGCCUGCAGCAGUCGUGGUGUUCGUCAUCGCCAUCCUGCUAGAGGUGCUGUCCCUUGUCGUCUCAAUUAG